GAGUCGGAGGUCGGGUCCGUUAACAACGGCCCCUCUCCCGAUGAAUUGGAAAUUUGGAAAGUCUUCCGGGAAAUUGGUGGGAGAGAAGCGUAGGACAGAGGAGGGAGAAGCGGCUCUUUCCCCACAACCGCGUACUCUCUUUGCGGUUUGUUGGGUCGGGGGGUGUGGACUCCCCCAUUCCUCCGCUCCUUCCUCUUCCCUUGCUAGAGCAGCUGUCUCUCUCCCUCUCUCUGAACGCGGAGCGAGCUUCCUCCUUACGUUCAUCGUCCUCCCUUUCGCCGACCUGUUUCUGGGAGGAUCUCGAGCAGUACAGACGCCGACAAGGCGAAAUUACCGAUUGGUAGUCUGCCUUUUCCUUCGCUUUGUGCGCGCUUGACUGACCUCCCUCUUCGGACUCCCACGCCACUCGCGAUCACCUCGUCUUAUCCCACCGGAGGACGGUGAAUGGGAGCCGCGUAAAGUUUUGGCGGAGAAAGAUUUGGCUUCCGUGGAAUGGAGCUCGCUUUCUCCGACUUGAGUUGCUGGGAUAAAUCGUCUUGAGAGUCGGGUUGAUGGGUGCGACUAAGAAUCGUCUCUAUUCUAUACCAAGUAAUUGAUUGACACCCACAAACACCAUGAUAUGAAAAGCGGUAAAAUGAGAGAUAAAAUGCAGCAGAAACGGAGAUAGGAAUGGGCUGCGUGCUGGUUAUAAUCGACGCCUGGCCUGUGAAUAAUCUCCGGAUUUACUGCCAUGAUCGAAGGUAUGCUUGGGGAGGCCAGCAGUAAUGCCGGUUUGUGAUCAUUUUCGAUUGGGGAAGACGUAAUUCCCUUCUCUUGAGUUUGAGGUGAGCAAGAGAGAACAUGGCUGUUGGUGGGGGGAAGAGGAAGAGAGGGAAGAUAUUGUGGAGCAAGCUCUACUCUUUCUCUUGCGUCCAGCCAAGCACGCUUGAGUCGGAUGAUGGUGAUGGCGGCCAUUCCCUCGAAGGCCCCGGAUUCUCGCGAGUCGUUUACUGCAACCAAUCUCACAUGCACAGAAGGGCGCCAUUGUGGUACCCAAACAACUGUAUAUCCACCACCAAGUACAACGCCGUCACCUUCUUGCCGAAGGCGACCUUCGAGCAGUUCCGGCGAGUCGCCAAUCUAUACUUCCUCUUGGCUGCAGCUCUGUCGCUCACCCCCGUGGCUCCUUUCUCUGCUGUUAGCAUGAUUGCGCCGUUGGUAUUCGUGGUGGGUUUGAGCAUGGCGAAGGAGGCAUUGGAGGAUUGGCGACGGUUUAUGCAGGACUUGAAGGUUAACAGCAGGAAGGUUAGUGUUCACAAAUCGAAAGGGCAGUUUGUAACCAAGACUUGGGAGAAGCUUCGGGUCGGCGACGUGGUGAAGGUGGAGAAGGAUCAGUUCUUUCCGGCGGAUCUGCUCUUGCUGUCGUCGAGUUACGAGGACGGAAUUUGCUAUGUGGAAACCAUGAAUCUUGAUGGGGAGACGAAUUUGAAGGUAAAGAGAGCCUUGGAGGUGACUCUACCUUUAGAUGGUGAUGCUGCCUUUGUGGAUUUCACGGCAAUGAUUCGAUGCGAAGAUCCAAAUCCCAGCCUCUACACGUUCGUUGGCAAUCUGGAUUACCAGGACAAGGUUUUUCCUAUCGAUCCCAGUCAGGUGCUACUACGGGACUCGAAGCUCCGCAACACGGAAUUCGUGUAUGGUGUGGUGAUCUUCACUGGUCCUGAUACGAAAGUCAUGCAGAACGCCAUGAAAUCUCCGUCGAAGCGGAGCACCAUCGAAAAGCAAAUGGAUUAUAUUAUAUAUUUCAUGUUCAACAUUCUUGUUUUCAUAUCGUUGGUCAGUUCAAUCGGUUUCGCCGCGAAGACGAAGUUCUCAAUGCCUAAAUGGUGGUAUAUGCGACCUCAACAUACUACCAAUUUGUACGAUCCUAACAGAGCUGUUCUUUCUGGGGUCUUUCAUCUGGUCACAGCUCUGAUCCUCUACGGAUACCUGAUACCGAUUUCCCUCUAUGUCUCCAUUGAGGUGGUAAAGGUCCUGCAAGCUACGUUUAUCGACCAAGAUAUCCAAAUGUAUGAUGAAGAAACUGGAGUCACAGCAGAGGCAAGGACUUCGAAUUUGAAUGAAGAGCUUGGGCAGGUUGUUACCAUCCUGUCUGAUAAAACAGGUACUCUGACUUGCAACCAGAUGGAAUUCAUAAAGUGUUCCAUUGCUGGUGUUUCAUAUGGUGUUAGCUCUACUGAUGUAGAGAUUGCUGCGGCGAAGCAUAUGGCUGCUGAUAGGAGAAGACGGAAAAAUUCUUCUAAAGGUGACAAAGACAGUCAGGAUUCGUUUGAGGAACAGGACUCACAAGCAGCAGAGAUAGAGUUGGAAUGUAUAACCAUCUCCAGACCUGAUACUGCGAAGAAGCCAUCGAUAAAAGGAUUUGCCUUUGAGGAUGGUCGACUUAUGAACCAAAGCUGGCUGAAAGAACCUGAAGCGGAAACUCAUUUGAUGUUCUUUCGUAUAUUAGCAGUCUGUCAUGCUGCCAUUCCUGUGGAAAACUCAGAGACUGGCAACUUCAACUACGAGGCAGAAUCUCCGGAUGAAGCCGCACUUCUUGUUGCUGCGAGAGAAUUUGGUUUCGAAUUCUGUAGGAGAACCCAAUCGAGCGUUUUUGUUCGAGAGCAGUACCCCACUCCUGGGCAGCCAGUGGAGAGGGAGUACAAGAUACUCAACUUGUUGGAGUUUAGCAGCAAAAGAAAGCGAAUGUCUGUGAUAGUGCAGACUGAGGAUGGCGAGAUUCUUCUUAUGUGCAAGGGGGCUGACAGCAUUAUACUUGAAAGGUUGGCAGAAAGUGGGCGAACAUUUGAGGAAGCUACAAUUAAGCAUCUAAAUGAAUAUGGAGAAGCAGGAUUGCGUACAUUAGCUGUGGCUUAUAAGAAACUUGAAGAGUCGAAAUAUUUGGCUUGGAAUGCAGAGUUUAUCAAAGCAAAGACUACCAUGGGGGCUGACAGGGAAAACCUUCUUGAACAUGCCUCAGAAUUGAUGGAAAGAGAUCUCAUCCUAGUUGGUGCAACAGCGGUUGAGGAUAAAUUGCAGAAGGGGGUUCCUGAGUGCAUAGAUACUCUUGCCCAGGCUGGUCUAAAGAUAUGGGUGCUGACUGGGGACAAAAUGGAGACUGCGAUUAACAUUGGAUACUCUUGCAGCUUGCUCCGCCAAGGCAUGAAACGGAUUUGUCUGACCGUAAUGAAUGCAGAGUCGGUAGGCAAAGACUCUGACAAGGCUGUGAAGGAGGACAUUCUAUGGCAAAUAAGAGGUGCCGCAGAGAAAAUGGAGUUCGAGAAAGACCCUCAUGCUGCGUUUGCUUUGAUUAUUGAUGGAAAGGCCUUAGCUUAUGCACUAGAGAACGAUGUGAAGCAACAUUUCCUGAGUUUGGCAGUAGAAUGUGCGUCUGUCAUUUGCUGCCGUGUCUCUCCAAAGCAAAAGGCGUUGGUGACAAGACUGGUGAAAGAAGGAACAGGAAGAACAACUCUGGCCAUUGGUGAUGGAGCCAAUGACGUUGGCAUGAUUCAGGAAGCACAUAUUGGUGUUGGAAUUAGUGGAGUCGAGGGAAUGCAGGCAGUGAUGGCUAGCGACUUCUCAAUUUCUCAGUUUCGGUUCCUGGAGAAGCUUCUUCUGGUCCAUGGCCACUGGUGUUAUAAGAGAAUAGCUCAGAUGAUCUGCUAUUUCUUCUAUAAGAACAUCACAUUUGGGCUUACCAUCUUCUACUUCGAGGCCUUCACUGGCUUUUCUGGGCAAUCAGUUUAUGACGAUUGGUACAUGCUUUUGUUCAAUGUUGUCCUCACUUCAUUACCAGUUAUAUCCUUGGGCGUUUUCGAGCAAGAUGUUUCUGCUGAUGUCUGCGUACAGUUUCCUGCACUGUAUCAACAAGGACCAAAGAACCUGUUCUUCGAUUGGUCUAGGGUAUAUGGUUGGAUGGUGAACGGUCUAUAUUCUUCCAUCAUAAUUUUCUUCUUCAACGCUUUCAUCCUUGGUAAGCAAGCAUUCCGCGAUGGGGGCCAGAUUGCAGAUCUGCCAGUACUUGGAGCAACCAUGUUCACCUGUAUCAUCUGCACAGUGAAUUGUCAAAUUGCCCUUACCAUGAGUCAUUUCACAUGGAUCCAGCAUGCAUUCGUAUGGGGAAGCAUCGCCACCUGGUAUCUCUUCCUAUUUCUCUAUGGGAUGUUGUCGCCAGCCAUGACAGGAGACUCCUACCACAUAUUUAUAGAUAUUGCCCCUUCACCCAUGUACUGGAUUGUCAUCCUCCUAACCACUGCCACCUGCAACCUUCCCUACUUUUCCCACAUCUCAUUUCAGAGAGCAUUCCGCCCCUUGGACCACCACAUCAUCCAAGAGAUCAAGCAUUACAAGAAGGACGUCAAAGACGAGCGCAUGUGGAGGAGGGAAAGGUCGAAGGCACGACAGAAAACGAAGAUUGGAUUUACAGUAAGAGUGGAAGCCAAAAUUAGGCAGUUGAAAGGGAAGUUGCAAAAGAUGCAUUCCUCAUUGAGUUCAUUGCCGUUUCCUCCAGAAUCAGGUUCAUGACAUUCGUCCAUUUUUUGGUUUACUUUUGCUCAUGGUGUUGGUUCUUGCUUCACCGUUUCAUCUCAUAUGUAAUUCUCGGGGGUUUGUCUUGGAUUCCCAAUCUCCAACGUAACGGCCAUUUAAAGAUGACUUUGCUAUAGAUAUUUACGGAA